UUAAAUUUGAUAGGAUAGAAUGCUAGAUAGAUAGUAUAUUUAAAUUUCCCAAACAUCAAGAAUCUGUUGUAUUGAAUAUAAUUAUUUGCAAAGCAUUCCAUUAUUUUCUUCAUUUUAGACAUGAAGACAUACCUGAAUGCAAGUACACAUAAUGCAGUCGUGCGAGAAAACCUAUUUUUUUUAUCCAUAAUAUGAUUUCUAACUGUAAUGUUUUGUUCUGAAACAGUAAUAUUUGAAAACAAGAUGUUUAGACUUGCUUCAAGUUUAUGCAGAACAUUGCAAUGUCAAUUGAGGCUGGCUUCUACCAGCAGUGGAAUAUCGACUACUUGCAGUGGAAAAUCCAUGUUAAAAAUUCUUUUUCCUACAAAGAAGUUAUUAUUACAAACUUCCCAAGAUUUUGCUGUGCAAUGUAAAAGACGGACACUACAUGUUUCAAGAUUGAGAUUUUCAAUUAAUAAUAAAUAUUAUCAUACAAAUCGUGGUUCAAAUGUUGAUGUUGUAUUAUACAUUGCUUCUGGAAUAAUAUUCAUGAUCGGUGUUUCAUAUGCAAGUGUUCCCCUAUACAGAAUGUUCUGUCAGGCAACAGGAAUUGGCGGAGAUCCUAACAUCGGCCACAAAACUGAAAAUGUGAGCACAAUGAAACCGAUUCGAGAAAGACCAAUCACAGUAACAUUCAACGCAGAUAGACAUGCAGCAAUGCAAUGGAACUUUAAGCCUUCGCAGCAUAGAGUGACAGUUGUUCCAGGAGAAACUGCUUUGGCAUUUUAUACGGCUAAAAAUCCCACUGAUACACCCAUUGUAGGGGUUGCAACAUAUAAUGUGCUUCCUUUUCAAGCCGGACCCUAUUUUAAUAAAAUUCAAUGUUUUUGCUUUGAAGAACAAUGGUUAAAUCCACAUGAAGAAGUGGACAUGCCUGUAUUUUUUUAUAUCGACCCUGAAUUCGAUAAUGAUCCGCAGUUAGCUAGGGUUAAUGAUAUUGUAUUAUCUUAUACAUUUUUCAAAGCCGAGGAAGGGCAAAUUCUACCUAUGCCUGGCUUUAUGAACGCUCGUUUCAAAGGGGCUCAGCCAGCACCGGCUGUAACACAAUAAUUAGAUAAAACUGGAAAAUAGAAAUCACAGCUUUGCAAUGGCAAUUAAAAGGUUUUUGACGACUUCGAGUUUUUGUUUUAAAAAAUUAUUUGCAAAAAAAAAAAUCAAAUUUCUUGUAAAUUUCUAUCUGUUGUGAUAAUUUGCUUCUGAAAUCUUGUAUUAUGAAUUUUAUGGAUUAUUUUUUUGUUUAAAUUUUUUCUUACAUAGA